GUAAUCUACACUUGAAUCUUGUUUAAGCCAGCAAAGGAGCCUGGUCAUAACACUAAAACCCGAAUCAUUCGUCAUCUUAACUUGAAUCAUCUCGGCGAGGUGGAGCACGGGGUAAUCCGGCUACUACUAUGUUAGCCAACUACCUAAACACGACAAAAAGUCCUCCUAGUCGGGUUAAGUGAUUAAUAUCCUUGCUUAAGCUCCACUAAAGUAGACCAUUUUAACUUCUAAUGAGACUGGGAGAUCGCAUUGCUGAUGUCGAAUCCCCCGGUAACUUGAAAGUAAUCCGAAAAGCAAUUUAAUUGUAACAAUGUCUUCGUAUCUCGGCCUCGAAAAGAAUAUUUCUUACUUCACUAUCCCGGCGGCGGUCAUUUUGGCCCUGCUGCCGCGAGUGUACUCGGGUCUCACGGGACCGGGUAAGAAGUUCUUCGACCCUAACAAUCCACGUUCAUUCACGUCGAAACUUGAGUCCGCCGAACUUGACAAGAAAUUAAAAGGCCGGCUGCAGCGCGCCGAAUCAGCGGGGGCCAAUGCCUUUGAAAAUCUCGGCGUCUACGCCGCAGCCGUGACAGCCGGCAAUGCCGCCAGCCUCCCUGUAGAGACACUAAACAAUCUGACCUUGGGUUAUUUGGCGGCUCGUGUUCUCUACACGUGGAUUUACAUUUGGGGGCAGGAGAACCGAAGGAUCACUCCCUUCAGGACGGUAGUCUGGGGAAUCGCCAUGAGUUGCUGCAUGGCCUUAUUCUCCCUUGCCGGGAUCCGGGGUCUAUGACCGGGCUAUGUCUAGGCGUUGCCUCACAUUAAUACAGUUAAACUACUAGUCUAUUGUAAUGUGAACUUUUAGAUCUUCAA